AUGCUGCUGGCGAAAACUCAAAGGAGCGGAUUUAUGAAUGGAUAUGUCCCGAUGAAAGACGCCGGCGGGUAUCCAGCUGGUCUGAAACGGUGGUUGUGUGAAGACUGCGGUACGAUAAUGGGGAAGCACUUGGCCUGGCCGCUCGUGUUGCUCCUGCAGCUCGUCUGCGGGUGCUCCGGGGCCGCCUCCAUGCACUUCACCUACUCUGUUUACAACACCACCAUAUACGAGAACUCUGCUGCUAAGACCUAUUUGGAGAGCCACAACAAAAUGGGAAUCUACAUCACAGACCCCACCUGGGAGAUACGAUACAAAAUAAUCGCCGGGGACAAUGAGAACUUGUUCAAAGCUGAGGACCAUGUAUUGGGAGAUUUCAGUUUUUUGCGAAUAAGGACCAAAGGAGGCAGCACUGCUAUUUUGAACCGCGAGGUGAAAGACCACUAUGUGCUGACUGUGAAGGCGUCUGAGAGAAACACUAACUUAGAAAGUCGCACUAGAGUCAUGGUACAAGUUUUGGACACUAAUGAUUUGAGGCCUUUGUUUUCGCCGACCUCCUACAGCAUCUCUCUACCUGAAAACACAGCUAUCCGCGCAAGUGUUGCAAAGGUCACAGCUACAGAUGCGGACAUCGGUACAAACGGCGAGUACUACUACAGCUUCAGAGAGUGGACGGAUAUGUUUGCGGUACACCCCACCAGCGGUGUGGUGACACUGACGGGUAAACUGGACUACUCCGAGACCAGGCUGUAUGAGUUGGAGAUUCUGGCAGUGGACAGAGGGAUGAAACUAUACGGCAGCAGUGGCUUCAGCAGCAUGGCCAAACUUACUGUGAGAGUGGAGCAGGCAAAUGAGCACGCGCCUGUGAUUACCGCAGUGACUUUGGCCCCCUCAGAUGCAGACCAUGACCCAACAUAUGCAAUCGUGACAGUAGAGGAUAAUGACUUUGGACCAAAUGGAGAGAUUGCAUCACUUACUAUAGUCGCUGGCGACCCCCUGCAGCAGUUCAAGGCUGUCAGAACCAGCCCUGGGAGCAAGGAGUAUAAAAUCAAAGCAGUCAAAGAUGUAGAUUGGGAUAGUCAGCCAUACGGAUAUAACCUUACUCUGCAGGCCAAGGACAAAGGAAACCCUCCUCAAUUCUCUUCUGCUAAAUUAGUGCACGUCACAACCGCACAGUUUAAAUUUAACCCUCCUAAUUUUGAUCAUGCUAUUUACAGAGUUAACUUAAGUGAAUUUGCCCCCCUCCACACACCUGUCACCAUGGUAACAGCUGUGCCAAAGUAUCUCCAUCUUAAAUAUGCAUUCAGACAUAAAUCCGACAAGAACAGAUUUACUAUCAACCCUGAUACAGGUUUAAUCAGUGUGGCAGGACCAAUCAAUGCCGAUUCCACAUCGCAGUUUGAGCUGGACGUGAUCACCAGUGACAAAAAGGCAUCCACAAAAGUCAUUGUGGAUGUGAUUGAUGUGAAUAACAAUGCUCCCGAGUUUCAUCAGACAUCCUACAAGGCCAGUGUUGAUGAGAAUGUAGCAGCAGGGACCAGCGUGUUGUCGGUCAAAGCCACAGACCUUGACAAAGGCGAGAACGGCUAUGUGACCUACAGCAUCACCAAUCUAACUCCUCAACCAUUCGUCAUUGACUACUUCUCGGGUGUCAUCAGUACCUCAGAGGUGCUAGAUUAUGAGUUAAUGCCGAGGAUUUACCACCUGAAAGUUAGAGCUUCUGACUGGGGAACCCCCUUUCGGAGAGAGGUGGAGGCUCCCGUCACCAUCAACCUUAACAACCUCAACGACAAUAAGCCUUUGUUUGAAAAUGUUGAUUGCGGAGUUACUGUGCCAAGGGACCACGGUGUGGGAGAGCAGGUUACUACAGUUUCUGCUAUAGAUGCAGACGAAUUGCAGCUAGUGAGGUACUAUAUCAAAGCAGGAAACGACCUGGAUUUAUUUGAACUCAACCCGAACUCUGGGGUGCUCUCUCUGAAGCACCCGUUGAGCGAAGGGGAGGCAGCUAAAGUGUCCUUUCAUAGUUUACAAAUCAUUGCCAGCGACGGAGAACAUGACACGCAGCCAAUGUACAUGAAUAUUACUGUCAUCACGGCACGGAAACCAGUCCAGUUAAAAUGUGUUGAAACUGGCGUUGCCACUAUGUUGGCAGAGAAGCUCCUCCAAGGCAGCAAAGUUCACACACAGAACGAGCCAGACGACUUUCCGGACAUACACUCAAUCAAUCGGUACACGCCACAGUUUGGAGACUCCUUCCCCAGCGCUGUCGAGAUCACAGAGGACCUCCUGGUAGGAUUUAUAAAAGAGGACGCAAUUGUGGGUACAUCUGUCAUGAGCGUGAAAGCAGAAGAUGAGGACAGUGGACAAGAUGGGGAAAUUCGAUACUCCAUUCGUGACGGAUCAGGCUUGGGAAUAUUCACCAUUGAUGAAGAAACUGGAGUGAUCCGCACCCAGGAGCUCCUCGACCAUGAGACCACCCCUCACUACUGGCUCACGGUGUACGCCAUGGACCGCGGCGUGGUCCCCCAGUCCGCCUUUGUUGAGGUGUACGUGGAGGUCCAAGAUGUGAACGACAACGCUCCACAGACCUCCGAGCCCGUCUACUACCCCUCGGUCAUGGAGAACUCACCCAAAGACGUGUCCAUCAUCCAGAUCCAAGCCACGGACCCCGACACCCAGUCCAGCGAGAAACUCAGCUAUCGCAUCACAAGCGGCAACCCCCAGGGAUUCUUUGCCAUCACCUCCAAAACUGGUCUGGUCACUACUACGUCAAGAAGACUCGACCGAGAGCAGCAGGACGAGCACAUUCUUGAGGUGACUGUCACAGACCAAGGUGUUCCGCCCAAGUCCACCACAGUGCGCAUCAUUGUCAAAGUGCUGGACGAGAAUGACAAUAGGCCACUGUUCCUGGAGAAGAUCUACAAGAUAAAGCUUCCAGAGCGCGAGCGUCCGGAGAAGGAGCGUGGUCUGAAGAGGGACCCGGUCUACAGGGUCAUUGCAUCGGACCGGGACAACGGGCCAAACUCAGAAAUCUCCUACAGCAUUGAGGAGGGUGACGAACAGGGGAAGUUCUUUAUUGAGCCCAAGACCGGCCUGGUGUCCUCCAAGAAGUUCUCCUCAGCUGGAGAGUAUGACAUCCUUACGAUAAAAGCCGUGGACAAUGGGCGUCCUCAGAAAUCCUCCACGUGUCGCUUACACAUCGAGUGGAUCCCGAGGCCCAAUAUCCCGGCCGACGCUGCACCCCUGCAGUUCGAGGAGCCCCCCUUCACCUUCUCUGUCAUGGAGAGUGACCCGGUGGCACACAUGGUCGGAGUCGUGGCCACAGAGUCCUCGGAGCUCCCUGUGUGGUUUGAAAUUACAGGUGGUAACUACGACAGCCGCUUCGACGUGGGCAAGGCCAGCGGAACCCUGAUCGUGGCAAAGCCCCUGGACGCUGAGCAGAAAUCAAAUUACAACCUGACAGUGGAGGCCUCAGACGGAACGCGGACUGUCAGCACGCAGGUUCUCAUCCGGGUCAUCGACACCAACAACCACCGCCCCCAGUUCUCCCAGCAGCGGUACGAGGUGACAAUUCCCGAGGACACCCCCGCUGGCACCGAGGUCCUGACCAUCACAGCCACGGAUCAAGAUGAGAAGAACAAACUGACCUUCACACUUCUGAGCAGCACUGACCCGUUCAGUCUGAAGAAGUUCAGACUGGAUGCGGGAACUGGGUCACUGUACACAGCUGAGCCACUGGACCACGAGACCAUGCACACGCACAUCCUCACUGUCAUGGUGCGAGACCAGGACAUUCCGGUGAAGAGAAACCUUGUGCGGGUGAUUGUGAACGUGGACGACACAAACGACAACGCACCCUGGUUCAUCGGCACUCCGUACUCCGGUCGUGUCUUUGAAUCAGCUGCUGUGGGCACGGCUGUCCUCCAGGUCACUGCCCUCGACAAGGACAAAGGGCAGAACGCAGAGCUUCUCUACAGCAUAGAAUCAGGAAAUGUUGCCAAUGCCUUCUCCAUUGACCCUGUCCUCGGAACUAUUACCGUUUCCAAGGAACUCGAUCGCAGUAGCAAGACCCAAUUUGAGCUCACAGUCAAAGCUUCAGAUCGAGGGCUAACUCCGCUGUCAACAACAACCACUGUAGACAUCGCCGUAACGGUUUCUGACAACGCGGCCCCCAAAUUCUCAGAAAAGGAGUACUCUGCUGAAGUCAGUGAAUUGGCCAACCCGGGCACUUUUGUCAGCUUGGUCACAGCCGUCAGCCAGUCAUCGAUUUUCUAUCAGAUUAAAGGCGGUAACAUCAAUAACGCCUUUGAUAUAAAUCCCAACUCUGGAGUGGUGGUGACUCUAAAGUCUUUAGAUUUUGAGACCACCUCUCAAUACAAGCUUACAGUACAAGCAACUAACAUGGCAGGCCUGUCUAAUAACGCAACACUUCUAAUCCACCUAAAGGAUGAGAACGACAAUGCCCCGGUAUUUAUUCAGAAUGAAUUUAAAGGUGUUGUAAGCGAAUCUGCUCCAGUGAACAGCAUAGUUCUAACACCUGACAACACUCCUUUUGUUAUUCGAGCCACUGAUGCUGACAGUGACCGCAACGCCUUGCUGAUUUACCAAAUCGUUGAGCCCUUUGCUCAUAACUACUUUGCCAUCGACUCAAGUACAGGAGCCAUCAGGAUCACCACGCCAUUGGAUUAUGAAAGAAGGAAUGUUUUCCUUUUUACAGUCCAAGCCCAUGAUUUGGGAAUGCCACGUUUAUUUGCGGAAAAGGCAGCCAAUGUGACGGUCAAAGUGAUUGACAUCAACGACUGUAGUCCUGUAUUUAGCAAAGAUCGUUACGAAGCAUCCAUUAUUAUCCCUACGUACAAAGGCGUGGAAGUCAUUCAAGUAAAUGCUACAGAUGCUGAUUCCAAGCCCAACGCCAGACUUCUUUAUUCUCUAGCAGAAGCAGAAGACAUGCCCAUUGGCACAGAGAUUGACAUAAUUCAAGCUGAAAGUGAACUACCGGUUGUUUACACUCUUGUGAGGGGCAACACUCCGGAAAGCAACGAGAAUGAGAUGUUUGUGGUUGACCGAGAUUCUGGAACACUGAAGCUGCAAAAAAGUCUUGACCAUGAGACUACUAAAUGGUACCAACUAACUCUCAUGGCCCAAAGCAAAAAUAAAGACUAUGAUGUUGUUGCGUCAGUCAGCGUCAACAUACAAAUUAAAGAUCUUAAUGACAACAAACCCGUCUUCGAAUCUGACCCGUACGAAGCAGUGAUUGUUGAGAACCUCUCGAGCGGCACCCAAGUCAUCCAAGUCAAGGCAAACGACCUAGAUGCUGGAACUAAUGGCCAUAUCGUGUACAGCCUCGACCCCAAACAAGAGUCGGAAGAGGUCUCUGAACUUUUUGCUGUUAAUAGUGAAACCGGGUGGAUCACAACUCUUAAGGAGCUUGACCGUGAAAAAGUUGAUGAUUACACCAUAACAGUUCUGGCCACGGAUCAAGGCGACAAAGUCCAGCAUGUCACGAGCACACAGGUGGAAGUAACUGUCGCGGAUGUGAACGAUAAUCCUCCCCGCUUCACUGCAGAAAUCUACAAAGGAACAGUUAGCGAGGAUGACCCCCCUGGUGGAGUGAUUGCCAUUCUUAGCACUACAGACGAUGACUCAGAAGAUGUCAACAAACAAGUCAACUACUUUAUCACAGGAGGGGACCCUCUUGGGCAAUUUGUGAUUGAGAACAUUCAGAAUGAAUGGAAGGUCUCUGUCAGGAAACCCUUGGACCGAGAAGAGAAGGACAAUUAUCUCCUCAACAUCACGGCCAGCGACGGCAUCUUCACCGCAAAGGCUGUGGUGGAGGUCAAGGUGCUGGAUGCAAAUGACAACAGCCCACUGUGCGAAAAGAGCCUCUACAGUGAGAGCGUCCCAGAGGACUCCUCCGCUGGCAGACUCAUCCUCCAGGUCUCUGCCACUGACGCUGACAUCCGCUCCAAUGCCCAGGUCUCCUUCCAGCUGCAGGGAGAGGGGGCUCAACUCUUCACUAUUGAUGCUGACACAGGAGAGCUGAAGACCUUCCAACCUCUGGACCGGGAAGAGGCAGAGAAGCACCGGUUCACAGUGCGAGCGGUGGAUGGCGGAGGGCGGUUCUGCGAGGCCGACAUUCACAUCACUGUUGAAGACGUCAACGACCACCCGCCCCAAUUCUCCUCGGACCCCUACACCUUCACCGUCUUUGAGAACACAGAGAUCGGGACUUACGUUGCCAAGCUGACCGCAACCGAUGUGGACACUGGCGACAUCUUUGUGAUCGAGCCGCUGGACUACGAGCUGUCGCAUGAAUACUACAUCACGGUAGAGGCCACAGAUGGCGGCUCGCCCCCCCUGAGCGACAUGGCAACAGUCAACAUCAACCUGACCGACGCCAACGACAACGCGCCGCUGUUCAGCCAGAGCACGUACACGGCUGUGGUGAGCGAGGACGCCGAGCUGGGCAAGACUGUGCUGACGGUGGUGGCCCAAGACGCGGAUGGCCCAUCUUACAGCCAUGUGCACUACUCCAUCGUGGAAGGCAACCAGGGCAGCCCGUUCACCAUCGACCCCAGCCGAGGAGAGCUCAAAGUGGCCCGGCAGCUGGACCGAGAGCGGAUCUCAGGAUACAGCCUCACCGUAUUGGCCACGGACAAUGGGCUCCCAGCGCUUUCCAGCACCACCGUAAUCAACAUCGACAUUCUGGACAUCAACGACAACCCACCCCUCUUCUCCCAGGCCAAUUACAGCCUCAUCAUUCAGGAAAACCGUCCGCAGGGCACCAGCGUCCUGCAGCUCACAGUUAGCGACCUGGAUGCUGGUUACAACGGCCCUCCUUUCAGCUUCUCCAUCGCAGACGGAAACGAGGACGGAGCCUUCCAGAUCCAUCCCUCCGGAGCUCUGGUGACCGCUGGAGAGCUGAGCAGGAAGCAUAAAGAGCACUACCUUCUUCAUGCUCAGGUGUCUGACAGCGGGCAGCCCCAGCUCUCCUCCAGCUCUUUCAUCAGCGUGCGCAUAAUCGAGGAGAGCAUCUACCCUCCUGCGAUCUUGCCCCUGGACGUCUUCAUCUCCACAGCAGGCGACGAAUACCCCGGCGGUGUACUGGGAAAGAUCCACGCCACCGACCAAGACAUCUACGACACCCUGACAUACAGCCUGGCCCCAUCCUCCUCCGCACCUAUGCACGAAGACAACACAGCCUUGUUUUCCGUUGCUUCUUCUGACGGAAAAAUCAUCGCCUUGAAACCGCUGGACGUCGGACAUUACCCCCUAAACGUCACGGUCACGGACGGGAGGUUCACCACAGCGGCCGAUGUGAACGUGCACGUGCGGCAGGUGCAGAGGCAGGCGCUGGACAACUCCAUUGCGGUGCGCUUUGCAAACAUCGCACCCGAGGAGUUCAUCGGGGACUACUGGAGGAACUUCCAGAGGGCCCUGCGGAACAUCGCCGGGGUGAGGAGGAGCGAGGUGCAGCUGGUCAGUCUGCAGCCGUCGGAGCAGGGCGAUCUGGAUGUGCUGCUGGCCCUGGAGAGGGCCGGGAGCCCUUAUCAGCCACAGGAGGUGGUGUUCCGGAAGUUGAACUCGUCAGCGGCUGUGAUCGAGGAGAUGACCGGGGUGCGCAUCGUCCGCGUGGUCCAGAAGCUGUGCGCAGGUCUGGACUGUCCUCUGCGCUUCUGUGACGAAGAUAUCAGCCUGGACAAGAGCUCCAUGAACACGUACAGCACGGCUCGCCUCAGCUUCGUCACACCCAGACACAUGCGCACUGCCACCUGCCAAUGCCAAGGUGGCAAGUGUCCCAUUCUGAACAAUCUGUGCGACAACAAUCCAUGUCCCGAGGGAAUGGAGUGUGUGGCUGAUCCCAGAGAGAACCUGUACAGCUGCGUAUGUCCCCAAGGCAAAAAGGGAAAAUGCUCGGAUGGCCACUCGCUCACAUUCAACGGGAAUGGUUAUAUCAAAUACCACCUGAUGGAAAAUGACAAUAAGGAGCUGAUGAAGCUGUCUCUGAGGCUCAAGACGUUCUCCAGCCACGCCACCGUCAUGUACGCCAAAGGCACCGACUACAGCAUACUGGAGAUUGUGAACGGUCGCGUGCAGUACAAGUUCGACUGCGGCAGCGGGCCGGGCCUGGUGUCGGUGCACAGCGCGCAGGUCAGUGAUGGCGAGUGGCACACGCUCUCACUGGAGGUGGACGGCAACUACGCCAAGCUGGUGCUCGACCGCGUCCACGCCGCCUCAGGCACGGCCCCGGGCACGCUGCGCACUCUCAACCUGGACAACAGCAUCUACUUCGGAGGCCACGUUCGCCAACACGCCUCCAGCAGACACGGCCGCAGCCUGCCUCUGGUCAAUGGCUUCCGCGGCUGCAUGGAGGCCAUCAGCCUGAACGGCCUGGAGCUGCCGCUGAACACCAAGGCGCGCCGGGUCCAUGCGGUAUUGGAGGACAUGCUGGAUGUGGCCCCAGGGUGCGCACUGGCCCCUGUGGAGAGCUGUUCUAGUAACCCCUGCACCAAUGAAGGCACCUGCACGUCACUGCCCAACGGAGGUUACUUCUGUAAGUGCCCUGGUUCCUUCAUGGGGGCUCAUUGUGAGAUCGGCAUCAGCCCCUGUGCUUCCAACCCCUGCCUGUACGGGGGCACCUGUGUCCCCCACGCCGGGGACUUCUACUGCCAGUGCAGAGGCCAGUACUCCGGACAACGGUGCCAGAUGGGCCCGUACUGCAGAGACAACCCUUGUAAGAACAGUGGGAAGUGCAUUGACAGUCUGGACGGUCCUGUUUGUGAAUGUGAAGCCGGCUUCCAAGGAGAGAAGUGCCUGACCGACAUAGACGAGUGUGUGAAGAACCCCUGCUCCAACGGCGGUCAGUGCCACAACACCUACGGCUCGUACCGCUGCAACUGCUCGUCUGGCUUCACCGGCGCCGCGUGCGAACAGCGGGCCGAGGUGCGCAACGACUUUGUCUCCACGUCCUGGAACAUCGGCCUGGAGGAAGUGGUCGGCAUCGUGGUCUUUGUCUCCAGUAUUUUCAUCCUGGUGCUGCUCUUCAUUCUAAUUCGGAAAAGGGCGUGUCGUAACAAGGCCAAAGAGGAAGAAGACAAGUCUGCCGUGGGUUCCAGCGUACCGCACUCCUUCCUCCACCGGCCGUAUUUUGAUUCCAAGCUAAACAAGAACAUCUACUCGGACAUCCCGCCACAAGUGCCCGUCAGGCCCAUCUCGUACACUCCCAGCAUCCCCAGCGACUCUAGGAACAAUCUGGAUCGGAACUCGUUUGAGGGGUCGGCCAUUCCGGAGCACCCCGAGUUCAGCACGUUCAACCCGGACGCGGUGCACGGCCAUCGGAAGACUGUGGCAGUGUGCAGCGUGGCCCCCAACCUGCCGCCGCCCCCGCCCUCCAACUCAGUGUCAGACAGCGACUCCAUACAGAAGCCCAACUGGGAUUAUGACUACGAUGCUAAAGUGGUGGACCUGGACCCAUGUCUGACCAAGAAGCCCGUGGAGGAGAGUGCGUGUCACCCAUACAACACCCGCGGCAGCAUGUCCGAAGUCCAGUCCCUUAGCUCCUUCCAGUCCGAGUCCUGCGAUGACAACGGAUACCACUGGGACACUUCUGACUGGAUGCCGAGCGUCCAACUUCCCGGGAUCCAGGAGCUGCCGCAGCGCGAGGUGGUGGAGUACCCUGACCCCAGCGCCAUAGACACGGACUACUACCCGGGGGGUUACGACAUCGAGAGCGACUUCCCCCCGCCUCCCGAGGACUUCCACCUGAGCGAGGACCUGCCCCCGCCACCUCCCACUUCGUCCUCUCUGCCCGAUUACGACACGCUGAGACCCCGCGGCCUCGAACCGCCCGCCACCCAAGUGCGGCAACGACCCGACCUGCCGCACCUCUACAGCCUCAACCAGUACCUCCCGCAGCAUUCUUACCCAAGCGACCGAGGCGACGGGCAGGGCAGCUCCACCUCACCAGGCAGCACCCCUCCCUGCUCCUCCAUCGCGGGUCCUCUGAGGGCGGGCUUCUCCUCGCUGGACUCGGCGGCCCUGGACGACGUGUCACUGUACGCGUCCACGGCCUCCUGCUCCGACAUGUCCGCGUGCUGCGAGGAGUCCGAGGUCAUGCUGAGCGACUACGACAGCGGCGAGGGCGAAGAGGACGACCUCCUGGAGCGCCUGGUGAUCCCCGACUCCCAGCAGCACACGCAAGUCUGA